CUCAGCCGUGCGGGGGCCGCUUGAACUCCAAGGAUGCCGGGUACAUCACCUCCCCAGGGUACCCCAAUGACUACCCCUCCCACCAGAACUGCGAGUGGGUCAUCUAUGCCCCUGAAUCCAACCAGAAGAUUAUCCUCAACUUCAAUCCUCACUUUGAAAUCGAAAAGCACGACUGCAAGUAUGACUACAUUGAGAUCCGAGAUGGGGACAGUGAAGCAGCAGACCUGCUGGGCAAGCACUGUGGGAACAUAGCACCUCCUACCAUCAUCUCUUCUGGCCCCUCUCUCUAUAUCAAGUUCACCUCAGACUAUGCAAGGCAAGGUGCCGGCUUCUCCCUGCGCUACGAGAUCUACAAGACAGGCUCUGAGGACUGCUCCAGAAACUUCACUGCCUCCAAUGGCACUAUUGAGUCUCCAGGUUUCCCUGACAAGUAUCCACACAACCUGGACUGCAUCUUCACCAUCAUAGCCAAGCCAAAGACAGAAAUCCUCCUCCACUUUCUGCUCUUUGACCUCGAGCAUGACCCGCUACAGGCAGGGGAAGGAGACUGCAAGUACGACUGGCUGGACAUCUGGGAUGGCAUCCCUCAGGUUGGCCCCUUGAUAGGCAGGUACUGUGGCACUAAGAUGCCAUCAGACAUCCGCUCAACCACCGGCGUCCUCUCGCUCACCUUCCACACGGACCUGGCAGUGGCUAAAGAUGGUUUCUCUGCUCAGUAUUACUUGAUCCAGCAGGAAGUCCCAGAAAACUUCCAGUGCAACGUGCCACUGGGGAUGGAGUCUGGCAGGAUCUCCAACAUGCAGAUCAGUGCCUCCUCCAGUUACUCGGAUGGACGAUGGACUCCUCAACAGAGCCGGCUUAACAGUGAUGACAAUGGCUGGACCCCUAAUGUAGACAGCAACAAAGAAUACCUCCAGGUGGACCUCCACUUCCUGACUGUGCUCACAGCCAUUGCCACACAGGGUGCCAUCUCCAGAGAAACCCAGAAUGGCUACUAUGUCCGUACCUACAAGCUGGAGGUCAGCACCAAUGGGGAGGAUUGGAUGAUGUACCGACAUGGGAAAAACCACAAGACAUUUCAGGCCAACGAGGAUGCCACAGAGGUGGUUCUCAACAAGAUCCACAGUCCGGUGCUCACACGCUUUGUGCGCAUCCGUCCCCAGAGCUGGCACAACGGCAUUUCCCUGAGGCUGGAGCUGUAUGGCUGCCGCAUCACCGAUUCGCCCUGCUCCAACUUGCUGGGAAUGCUUUCCGGACUCAUCCCUGACUCACAGAUCUCAGCCUCUUCCAUCAGAGGCUACGACUGGUCUCCCAGCAUGGCCCGCCUGGUGAGCAGCCGCUCAGGCUGGUUUCCUCGUGUCCCCCAAGCCCAGCCUGGGGAGGAGUGGCUGCAGGUGGACCUUGGCAUCCCGAAAAAUAUCAAAGGUGUGAUUAUCCAGGGGGCUCGUGGAGGGGACAGUGUGACCACCACCGAGUCCCGCUCCUUUGUGAAGAAGUUUAAGGUGGCCUACAGCAUGAAUGGAAAGGACUGGGACUUCAUCCAGGACCCCAAAACAAUGCAAGCCAAGCUUUUUGAAGGCAACAUCCAUUAUGAUAUCCCUGAAGUCCGGAGGUUUGACCCUGUUCCUGCCCAGUAUGUCCGAGUGCACCCAGAGAGGUGGUCUCCAGCGGGAAUAGGAAUGCGCCUGGAGGUGCUGGGCUGUGACUGGACAGGUAGGAGCCCCUGUGUCUCUGCCCACUGGCUCCAUCGGGGCCGCAUCAGGCAGUAA